AUGGCAACAACAACACAGAGUUCCCGUAUGUCCUACGACCAUCGGGAUAUGCAGGCGAAAUGGAGCGACCGCUGGGAAGACGGCGGGAUCUACGCCGUCGCUGACGACGAUCCGCGUCCAAAGUGGUAUGAACUCCAUAUGUAUCCGUACCCGUCCGGAGACCUCCAUGUUGGCCACUGGUUCGCCAUGACCGGUGCGGACGUCCACGCCCGGUACAUGCGCAUGAAGGGAUAUAACGUCCUCCAUCCAAUGGGGUUCGAUGCCUUCGGCCUGAACGCUGAGAACGCCGCCAUCAAGAACGGCGUUCACCCGCACACGUGGACCAUGUCCAACAUCGAAAACAUGCGCCGACAGCUCAGGUCGAUGGGGCCGAUGUACGACUGGGAACGCGAAGUCGUCACCUGUAUCCCUGACUACUACAAGUGGAACCAGUGGUUCUUCCUGCAGCUCUACAAGAAUGGGCUCGCGUACAGGGCCGACGCCCCGGUCAACUGGUGCCCAUCAUGCCAGACAGUUCUCGCAAAUGAGCAGGUCAUCAAUGGAUUCUGCGAACGAUGCGACACGGCGGUCGCCCACAAAGACAUGGAGCAGUGGUUCUUCAAAAUUACCGACUAUGCCGAUGAGUUGCUCGAUCACUCCAAGAUGGACUGGCCCGACCGCAUCAACACGAUGCAGACGAACUGGAUUGGGCGCUCCAAAGGUGUAGAAGUAGAUUUCGACAUUUCCGAGUACGGCCUGGAUGAGCAGGCGAUUCGCACCUUCACGACACGAAUCGACACUGUGUUCGGAGUUACGUUCAUCGUGCUGGCGCCAGAGCACCCUCUGGUCGACAAGCUGACCACGAGUGAGCACCGCGACGAAGUGACCGCAUACGUCGAGCAGGCGCGUCUUCAGACCGAAAUCGAACGGCUGUCAACCGAGAAGGAGAAGACGGGGGUCUUCACUGGGGCCUUCGCCGUCAACAAGCUGAAUGGCGAGCGUGUCCCGAUCCUGGUGGCCGACUACGUCCUCCUGAGCUACGGCACGGGAAUGGUAAUGGGUGUCCCGGCUCACGACGAGCGCGACUUUAUCUUCGCCACAAAAAAUGGGCUGCCGAUCCGCGUCGUUAUCGCUCCUCCAGCCUGGGACGGCUCCAAACUGGACGAGGCGUACAUAGCUCCGGGAACGCAGGUCAACUCCGGCCAGUUUGACGGAAUUCCGAACUCGGAAGGUCUGGAACGGAUUGCAGACUUCAUAGAAGCCAACGGCUGGGGAGAGCGCUCGGUCAACUAUCGGAUGCGCGACUGGCUAAUCAGCCGUCAACGCUAUUGGGGAACUCCGAUUCCGGUUGUGUACUGCGAGAAGUGCGGCGAGACGCCGGUGCCUGAAUCCGACCUUCCUGUCCUGCUGCCGGAGGACGCUGAGUUUCUGCCGACAGGCGACUCCCCACUGGCGCUGCAUGAAGGAUUCGUCAACGCUACGUGUCCCGAUUGCGGGAGCCCCGCAAAGCGCGAAACAGACACGAUGGACACGUUCGUCGAUUCAUCGUGGUACUUCCUGCGGUACGCAAGUCCUAAAUUCGAGGACGGCCCGUUCGAUCCCAACGCUCUUGAACAGUGGGGCGCUGUGGACCAGUACACCGGCGGCGUCGAGCACGCGGUUAUGCACCUCCUGUACGCGCGUUUCUUCGUAAAGGCGCUACGUGACCUUGGCUAUGUCGAAUUCGACGAGCCAUUUGUUAGGCUGGUGAACCAGGGCACAAUAGUCUUCAACCAUCAGAAGAUGAGCAAGUCCCGAGGCAACGUGAUUGCGCCGGAUGCCUAUGUCUCGGAUGUUGGGGCUGACGUUGUCCGCACGUACAUGAUGUUCAUGGGGCCGUGGGAGGCGGGCGGCGAGUGGAAUGACGAUGGAAUCAACGGCAUGGCGCGCUGGACCAACCGAGUUUGGGACCUCGCCAACCGUGACGCAGGUGUCCUGGACGAGUCGGACACUCACCCAGAUGCCGUACGCGGUCUCAGGCGACUCAUGCAUCAGACAAUUCGCAAAGUCACCGAAGAUGUGGAGCGGUUCAAGUUCAACACAGGGAUAGCUGCCAUGAUGGAGUUCUCCAACGUCUUGGGUCAGGCGUGGGACUCGGGAGCUAUCGACUCUUCGGCGUGGAACGAGUCGAUCAGGAAUCUGGCACUGAUGAUGUCUCCGGUUACUCCGUUCCUUGCGGAGGAGAUCUGGGAGCGUGUGGGAGGGCCUUUCAGUGUACACCAGCAGCCGUGGCCCACAUGGGACCCUGACCUGGCGGCCGACGAAACGAUUACCCUGGUUGUGCAGGUCAAUGGGCGUCUGCGAGACCGAAUCGAGGUGCCGGCAGACAUCUCUGAAGACGAUGCCAAGACGAGGGCACUGGAGUCAGACAGGGUGGCGGCACACACUGAAGGAAAGCAGGUACGGCGCGUCAUCUACGUGCCGGGGCGACUGGUGAACGUGGUCGCUACCUAG